AUGGUGUUUAUCAAUACUGAAGAAGCUGAAGAAGCGGUGAUUAAAGAAAAUCAAUGGAGUUAUCAUUAUACCAACACAACCGCUGCAGGGGAAAAGAAAUUUUUUCUUUGUAAUAAAGUCAAAGCUCGUGGUAAACAAUGUGACGCUGGCAUUUAUUUGCUAUUUGAAUCUACAAAUGAUAAUGUUGUUUUAUUUCGUUCCACAUCAGACCAUACUCAUGACAACAUAGGAGAAAAGCCUUCAAGAAUACCAACUGAAGUAAAAACAAUUAUUCAAGAAUUAUUUGAAUUAAAAUUAAAACCAAAAGCAAUAAUCGAAGUACUUCAUGAACGUGGAAUCACACCACCAAGCAUUCUUCAAUUAAAUAUUUUUUUAAGAACCAUUAAGAGUACAAAACUAGGUCCAACUUCAAUUAGUCUUGGUGAAAUUGAACAAUGGUGUCUAGAAUCAAGUCAAUCCAUUCCUGAAUCAGGUGAUGCUCCUUUUGUUGCAUCAUAUCAAAUUAUUUAUGAUGACGAUGAUAAUGAACACGAGGAUGAUGAUGAGGACUUCUACAAACUGCCUCGAUAUAAAAAAAAUAUCCAUGCUGACGCAACAUAUAAAUUGAUAUGGCAAGGAUUUCCAGUUCUUAUUGUUGGUACAACUGAUCUUGAUCGACAUUUUCAUUUAUUUGGUAUGGCAAUUUGUUCCAAUGAAACAACACAGGAUUUUAGAUUUAUAUUUUGUGCUUUACAAGAAUGUAUGAAAAAGUUGAAUUUAGAAGAAAUCGAUCCAGAUUUUUUAAUUGCUGAUGGUGCUGAUGCCAUACGUAAUGCUUUUCAAGAUGUUUUUGGAGAAAAAGCAAUGGUUAUGUGCUGGGCACAUAUGCGUUGA